CUCGAGUAUUGCCCACGCCCGAGCCGAACUGCGUGUUACUGUCUCUUUAAGGAUCCACAGCUUCCGCAGAGCGUGACGUCGCACGUGUAACGUGUGUCUGCGAAGACCGGGAACUGACUGCGCACGUUCACUGGCGAACUACAAACUUCUACAUAUCUUAGAGUUCUACAGUGUUACUGUCAUGCCUGCUAAAAAGACAGCCACCAAGAGGAAGUCUGAGCCUGUGGUGAAAGAUGAUCCAGACACUAAGAAAGUGAAAGUUUCCCACAGGAGUCAUAGCAAAGAGGCUGGUCAGGUUCUUGUUCUGGGACAGGGUGAUGUUGGACAGCUGGGUUUAGGAGAGAACAUCACUGAAAGGAAGAAGCCAGCCUUUUUGUCCCUGCCUGAAAAAAUUGUUCAAGUGAUAGCCGGAGGCAUGCACACAGUCUGCCUCAGUGAGACUGGCCAUGUCUAUACAUUUGGCUGUAAUGAUGAAGGAGCACUUGGUCGGGAUACAACAGAAGAGGGGUCAGAGACGGUUCCAGCAAAGGUGACACUGGAGGAGAAAGUGGUUCAGGUGUCUGCUGGGGACAGCCACACGGCUGCACUCACAGAAGAUGGAAGUGUGUACAUCUGGGGAUCUUUCAGGGAUAACAAUGGUGUCAUUGGUCUUCUGGAGCCCAUGAAAACAGCCCCUGUACCACUUAAACUCCCAAUGACGGAAGCCGUUGUGAAAAUAGCAUCGGGUAACGAUCAUGUGGUCCUGGUGACACAGGAGGGUAAUCUUUACACAUCAGGUUCAGCAGAGCAGGGACAGCUGGGAAGAGUACCUGAGCAUUUCUCAAAUAGGGGAGGCAGAAAAGGCCUUGGACGGCUACUGGUACCACAGAUGGUAAAGGUAAAAGGGAAAGUCCAUUUUGUGGAUGCCUUCUGUGGAGCGUACUUCACCUUUGCUGUGUCAAAGGAAGGACAUGUGUAUGGAUUUGGACUUUCCAACUAUCACCAGCUGGGCACUAAAAGCACUAAGAUGUGUUUUGUCCCAGUAAAACUAACAUGCUUCAAGAACUCAACCACCUCAUGGCUGGAUUUCUCUGGAGGACAGCAUCACACAAUCUGCCUUGAUGCUGCAGGGCAGGUUUAUAGCCUUGGCAGAGCAGAGUAUGGUCGCCUUGGCCUCGGCCAAGGGGCUGAAGAAAAAAGCGAGCCCACACCUGUGAUGGGGAUGGAGCCGGCCAGUGGAGUGGCAUGUGGGGCAUCUGUCAGUUACGCUGUCACCAAAGAAGGAUCUGUAUAUGCAUGGGGCAUGGGCACAAAUCUGCAGCUUGGCACAGGAGAAGAGGAUGAUGAAUGGAGCCCUGUAAAGAUGACUGGCAAGCAGCUGGAGAAUCGUUCAGUACUGAUGGUGUCCAGCGGAGGGCAGCACACAGCGCUUUUGGUCAAAGACAAACAGGAGAGUUGAUGCCCGUCAGCAAAGAUGGGGGGAACUUUUGAUGCAUUUCAGCUUGUGAAUCGUCUAUGAUACAUGGAGGUAGCUGAGCCAAGAGAGUAAGAGAGGUUGCAGGACAGAGCUGAGAUCCAGACCCUUUUUAUGAGAAUUCUGUUCUUCUGAGGGUUGGGAAAUUUUCAGAUGUUCAGUAGGUUGUCACAGAUGAGACUAUUUUUUUAAACCUAGUUUUUGAUGUUCUUUGAAUUCUUUUCAAAUCACUAGUAUGGUUGUAAGCUGGUAAAUUUGAUGUUUGUGAAUGUGGCUGCAUGUACAUGGAAAAAAAUAGCUUUUUAAAACCUCUUUCAACCAGCACUCUUUUUAAUGGGUUCGUCUUUACUUUAAAGCAAUAAUUUAAUCAGUUCAAACAGGAGUGAGUUCAAUGAGACUACUGUUCAGGCCACACAUUGUGAUUAUGUGGACAUCUAGUCCUACUGUAUCAUGCAUUUGUCGUGUUUCCUGUCUGAAAAAUAAAGGUAAUAUUUUUAAUUUUUAA